AUGCUCUCAAAACAUUCCAAAAAUUUAUUAAAUUUUUAUACUAAAACGAAAUUUAUUAAUGUCCCGAUAACUUUCAGAUAUUUUGCUACCCAAAAAUCGAAAUUUUUGAAACAAUUGGAUACUUCUAAAAUUAAAUUAGACGAGUUUAGAAUAGACUUUAAUAAACAACUAAACGACCGUAUUUCAUUAAAAUCGCUUUCUAGUGAUGGAACCCCCCCGAAAAUUGCACAAGGCAAAGUUGAAAGCUCUCUUAAAGAUACAUUGGCGGACAAUUCGAAAGAGAAAUCAAUAACAUUAAUUAAAAAGGACAAACAAUUUUCCAGUAUGUUGGAGCAAAUUCGUGAGAUAUACGAUAAAUAUCCUGAUUAUGUAGUUUUAACACAAGUUGGAGGGUUUUACGAAUUGUAUUUUGAACAGGCGGAAAAAUACUGUGGUGAUUUGUACUUGGCUUUGUCAAAAAAAAAACAUAAAUUAGAUUAUAUUGCAUUUGGUGGAUUUCCUUUAAACCAAUUGAAUAAAUAUGUUAAUAUCUUGGUGAAAGAUUUAGGAUACUCUGUAGUAAUAGUUAACCAAGUAACAAAUAUAAACGAAGAAACUAGUUCAAAACUAAUUUCUAGAAAAGUUUUCCGAGUGAUUACACCAGGCACUUUCAUUGAUGAUGCUUUAGAAGACCCAAAUGAGAAUAACUUUUUGUUAAGUAUUGAAUUUCCAGAAAAUUGUUUUAUUAAAUUAGCAGAUCUUGAUAUGAAAAUAGGGAUAUCUUGGUGUGACAUCUCGACUGGAGAACUAUAUUCUCAAGUUGUUUUUUUAAAAGAUUUAGUGAGUGCUAUCUCUAGAAUUAAUCCCAAAGAAAUUGUUUUGCAAGAGAAUAUUGCUGAAUUUGGUCUGGAAAAGGGCCAAUGGUAUCUAGAAUUAGUUGAGUUAGACAGGUACUUUAUAACAUAUUUCAAACUUCCAUCCAAGCAUAGAACACUUGCUACAUUUCAAUCUUUAUUUGCGCCUGAAGAUACAAAGGAGUUUUUAACUUCAUUGAAUUUUUUAGAGCAAAGAGAAAUUAUAUCUUUACGAACGUUGUUAAUAUAUUUAGAAGAUCGUUUACCUGAAUCCUCUAUAAAUUUAAGUGUACCUACCAAGGAAAAUGUUAGUGAAAUUUUACAAAUUGAUUCAAGAACAAGAGAAUCUUUAGAACUUUAUAAUACUUUAAGGACCAAUAACAAAACUGGCAGUUUAAUUUCUUCGCUUAAAAGAACAGUUACUCCCUCUGGGACAAGAUUGUUGUCUCAAUGGUUGUAUGCGCCAAGUGCCAACGUAGCUAUUAUUAAUGAAAGACUUGAAUUAGUCAAACUUUUUGUGGAAUUCUACGGAAAAUAUACCAAGCAUUUUAUAGAUUUUCAUUUAAAAAACAUUUCCGAUAUAUCGAAAAUAAUACAAAAGUUUUCACUAGGUUUUGGAAAUGGGACUGAGUUGCUUAGAGUUGCAUAUUCACUAAGGGAAACGACUAAAAUUAGAGAGUACAUAGAAUCAAAUUUUUUACCAGAGAUUAAAAAGGAUGAAUUGUUGAUUAAAAGUGUCAGCAAUUUAUGCACUAAUUUGACAUAUAAUAAAAGAUUAGUGGCAAGAAUUUUGAAUGUCAUGGACGAGUGUGUGUUGCUUGAAAAUGAAAUGGGUUGCAAAGGAGAUGGACUGAGUUUUAAUGAAACUAAGACAAUUGAUGAACAGCAAAUACCAGAAUUUAUUUCUGAAUUUAACUGGAUAUUGAAACCACAUGCUUCGACAACUUUGAAAAAAUUACAUGUGAAAUUUACCGAUUUAUUGGAAGAAUAUAGAAGGCUGUAUAAACAACUAGAUGAUAUAUUUUUAAGCACGAAAAUUGGUAGCAAUUUAAAGUUCAAAUUUACACAAACAAAUGAUUUUUUCUUUGAAGUCACUAUUCCCAGUAGAAACUGGAAAGAAAUAAAGGGUGAGUCUUUAAUUCAAGGAUUUGAACCCAUGAACGUUGGUAGAAGUAGAAAAACGUUUAAAUAUGAAGCCUGGACUAAUUUGGGGGAGGAGCUUAUCAAAUUGGCGACAAAAAUAAGGGAAGAAGAAUCCAGAAUAAUUGAUAAUUUUAAACAAAAGUUUGUGAAUGAAAGCAACAACUUGAGGACUUUAUCGUCUACUUUGGAUAAAAUUGAUGUUUUGACAUCGUUUGCCACUUUGUCUGUUGAAAAAAAUUUAAAAUGUCCUCAAGUCGAUGAUUCGAAAGAUUUGGAAAUUAUAAAUGGUAGACACUUAGUAGUGGAGGACGGCUUACAAAGCAAAAGGGCAAAAAGGUUUAUUUCAAAUGACUGUGUUCUGAGCAGUGAUGAUGGUAGUGGUAAGCCACAUGUUUGGAUUAUCACUGGUCCUAAUAUGGGUGGUAAAUCAACAUUUUUAAGACAAAAUGCAAUUAUUGUAAUCAUGGCUCAAAUGGGUUGUUUUGUUCCCUGUGAUUAUGCAAGGAUUGGUAUUGUGGAUAAGAUUUUCAGUAGAAUUGGAUCAGCUGACGAUUUAUAUAAUGAUAUGAGUACAUUUAUGGUGGAAAUGUUUGAAACUAAGUUUAUUCUUCAAGGUGCCACCAAUAGAUCCUUGGCCAUAUUGGAUGAAGUUGGUAGAGGAACCAGCUGGACUGAAGGAGCAGCGAUUUCUUAUGGUGUUUUAGACCAUUUAAUUCAAAAGAACAGAUGCAAAGCGUUGUUUGCAACCCACUUUGGUCCUGAAAUACAAAAAUUAACCGAGAGGCUGCCGCUUGACUAUAAAAAAAUAGCUUAUUAUAAAAAUGACAUUAUAUUCAAUAAAGACAUGACGUAUUAUUUGGGGGAGUCUUACGAUUAUAAAUUAAAACCAGGUGUAUGUUCUAAUUCAGAUGCACUAAAAGUAGCAUCAGAUGCUGGUUUUCCAAAAUCUGCCCUUGAUUCAAUUAAACAAGCAUUAAAUGUUGUUGAAAGAAAAUGA